CGGAUCGUUCCCGGGCGGAGCGGAUCCGGAUCCUUUCCUUUUUUUUUUAAUUUUUUUCUGGGUAAAAUUACUUUUUUACCCUCGUUUUAAUCCUUCCCUCAAAGUUCAGUCACGAUAAUCUCAUUUCACUCUCGUUUCACUCUGCCCUAGCCAGUAGCCACCGAAACUUCACUCUUCUCAUCGUUUCACUCUUCUCAUCGUUCUCAUCGUUUCACUCUUCUCAUCGCUUCCGCCACCAGCCACCCCAGCCACCGUUCAGCCACCACCAACCACCGUUCUGCUUCCAGCCACCGUCCUCUCACGGUAACUUCACUCUUCUCAUCGUUUCACUUUUCUUUUCUUUUACACUAUUUUACUUCCAGCCACCGUUCUUUUCUUUUCUUCCCACUGUUUUCUUUUAUUUUACUUCUUUUUGUUAAUUCUUUUUCUCCACUGUUUUAUUAAAUGUAUAUGUCACUGUUUUUUGUCGAUAGAACAAUAUGGCAGCAUCUUCCUCAACACCAAAUUCUUCUACGUCGGUUGCUUCGUGUGCUGCAAUAUUCAAACCAACCAAUAGUAAAGACAUAGGAUGGAAAUAUAAUGGUUUGAAGGAUUUGAAUAAUCGGAAGAAGGUCACAUGUGAUUUCUGUAACAUGACAAGUAGUGGAGGAAUAAGUAGAGCAAAAAGGCAUCAAGCAGGAAUUCAAGGCGAUGUAAUUCCUUGUUUGAAAACACCGGAGGAUGUUAAGGCUAUAUUACGUGCCGACAUUUUUGAGAAAGAGAAAAUUAAGAAAGGAAUACAAGAAAUUGCGGUGCAAAUAGAUGCGGAUGAUACCCUUGAUAUCGAGGAAAUAAGUAGGAUUAGAACCGGAAAGAGGAUUGCCGAGAAUGAGACCUCUUCAAUAGCCAUCAAGAGGACUAAAGGGCCAUUAGAUUUGGUGUAUAAGAAGGCUAAGGACACAAGUAUCAAUGAUGCUUGUGAUAAAGAAGCGAGGGCAAGAACUAUCCAAUAUGUUGCUCGCUUUUUUUAUACGUGUGGAGUUGCUUUUAAUGUAGCAAAUGCAAGAGCUUUUAAGUUGAUGUUGGAAGCCGUUGGGAGCUAUGGUCCUCAUUUGAAGCCGCCAAGUUAUCAUGAACUUAGGGUUCCACUUCUUAAAAAUGAGUUGGAAUAUACGAAAGGUUUGUUGAAGAACCAAGAGGUGCAAAGAAACAAAUACGGUUGUUCAAUUAUGUCGGAUGGUUGGACGGAUAGAAAAGGUAGAACAUUGAUCAAUUUCUUGGUCAAUUGCUCGACGGGGACCAUGUUUGUGAAGAGUGUGGAUGCUUCCGACUAUGCAAAGACGGGUGAAAAGCUAGCCGAGUUGUUGGACACAUUUGUUGAGGAAAUGGGUGAAAAAAAUGUUGUCCAAUUGAUCACCGAUAAUGGAAGCAACUAUGUAGCGGCGGGUAAAAUAUUGUGUGAAGGGAGGAAACACUUGUUUUGGACUCCAUGUGCUGCCCAUUGUAUAGACCUUAUGUUAGAAGACAUAGGCAAAAUUCCAAAGGUGAAAAAUGUUAUACAAAAAGGGAUUAAGGUUGUGGGCUACAUUUAUAACCAUACUUUUGCUUUGAAUUUAAUGAGAAAGACUACCGGCAAUGUUGAAUUGGUUAAACAAGGAGUGACAAGGUUUGCUACCCAUUUCCUUUGUCUACAAAGAAUGCAAGAACUAAGAGGAAAGCUUAGAGAGAUGUUCCUUUGUGAAGAAUGGACAAGUUCCAAGUGUGCCAAAGAUCCUAAAGGAAAAAGGGCAGCUACUACUAUUCUUAAUGUAUCAUUUUGGAGUGAUGUUCUCUACACUCUUAAGUGCAUGGCGCCUCUUGUAGAUGUGUUAAGAAUGGUUGACAAUGAAAGGAAACCCGCAAUGGGAUACAUAUAUGCCGCAAUGGGGGUAGCGAAGGAAUCGAUUGAAAAAGCUUUCAAUUUAAAUUCAAGCAAGUAUAAAGAUGUUUUUGAAAUCAUUGAUAAAAGAUGGGAGUGUCAACUUCAUCAUCCGCUACAUGCUGCAGGCCACUAUCUCAAUCCUGAAUAUUAUUUUUCUAAACCAGAAAUUGAGUCCGAUGCUAGAUUGGUAAAAGGCCUCCGUAGGUGCAUUGAGAGACUUAGUGAAAGUGAAGAUGUGGAGGAUUUGAUUUCAGUAGAAUUGGCACAAUAUCGGAGUGCUUCAGGUCUCUUUGGUAUAAAAGCGGCAAUGAGACAAAGGUCGACAUUAGCUCCAGCUGAGUGGUGGAAGUCUUAUGGAGCCGAAACUCCGCAUUUGCAAUUGUUGGCUAUUAAAGUGUUGAGUUUGGGUUGCAGUGCUUCCGGAUGUGAGCGUAACUGGAGCAUCUUUGAGCAUAUUCAUUCCAAGAAGAGAAAUAAAUUGGAACAUCAAAAAUUGCAAGACUUGGUGUUUAUCAAGUAUAAUCAAGCUUUGGUAGAGAGGUUUGAAAUUCGAGAUAAAAUUGAUCCUAUGGAAUUUAGCGAAAUUAAUUUCCACACCGAAUGGUUGGUGGGAGAGAUGGAAAAGGUAGGAGAUGUUGGUGAAGAAUUGGUUGAUCCAAAUCAUGAUUUAACUUGGACUCAAGUUGCCGAUGCUAGUGGGGCUAAUGAGCCUUUAAUCUACACUAGGAGGUCAAUGGCACGCCCACAAACAUCAAGGCCACCAAGAGCAACAAUUGCACCAAGAGCAACAAUUGCACCAAGAGCAACAAUUGCACAACAAGUGGUGGUAGAAGAGGUUGAAGAAGAUGUUGAAGAUGAAGAAUCGGAGGAAGAUGUUGAAGAAGAUGAAGAAUUGGAGGAAAAUGUUGAAGAAGAAGAAGAAGAAGAAGAAGAAGAUGAAGAUGAAGAUGUUGAGGAAUAUUUUGAUGAUGCUACAUGAUUUUUUAUGUUUGCUUGAAUUUUCAUAUUAUAGUACUAAGUUUGAAUUUGAAUCUAUAUGUUUUGAAUCUUUAUGUUUUGAAUUAUUAAGCAUGGCUCUUUGUUUGACAUUAGAUUUUAUAAAUAUUUUAUGAGUGAUGUGUUUUAUAAUUUUCUAUAUAAUUAUUAGUAUAUAAAAAUUUGUCCCGCUAUCCGGGAUGCCGCUAUUCCCACUAUUCCCAUUCCCGGGGGUCGGCCGCUCCGCUCCGCUAUCCGGGAUUAACA